AUGACAUAUUUCUCGGCUGAGAAGCGCAUCCUACUCCGCCGAGGGGAUCUAGAAACACAUUCCCUGUUAUGGCCACCCUACCAGGUUCCGCCAAAGCAUGAUCGUGCAUUUUGCGCGAAACAACUGGAAGAGGCGAAACCGGCAAGUACAAUUGGCAUUUGGAGACAUACGAGGGAGCAGACAGAAGCGAUGGAGGAGAGAGAAGCUGCAGAAGGGACAGAAGAGACGGGAAAGAUGCAGGAUACGGAAGAUACAGAAGAGAAGGGGACACAAGGGACAGGAGACCGUCUGUUGACUGUUUGA